CGGUUUAUAUCUCCAAUUUCCAGGCGUACCGAUUUUUUGCAGCAGUUGCUGUAGGAACUAAGCUGUAACGAAUGAAUGAUGUAGUUUCAUUUGUUUAUCCAGGGAUAGGGUUAAUACAGAGAAAUAGCAGAAGUAUAAAUGUAUACACUUAUGUUUAAGGAGGGUGCGACUGGUUGGUCGUGGACUUGAUAAAGCUUUUGUGAGUUGACGUCACUUUUCCUGCUACAGCCAUUUUCUGAAAACAGAACAUGAAACCCACCAUACUGAGACCAGUGUUUUGUGAAGCGCACUCCCUUUUCACGUCAUACCCACGAUUGCCUCUUCCACCUGCUCUGCGUUUGCUCUACAAUAAAGAUGAACAAGAAAGAACAGAUGAUGAUCCAUCGCUUCAUGAAGGACGAGUAAGAUCCUUUCCACAUGAAAGAGGAAACUGGGUGACAUUUGUAUAUAUACCAUGUGAUCCAUUGCCUUUACUACAUACUUUGCUGGAGGUAUUUUGUAAUCUGUUGGAGAGCAUAGCUGUACUUAAACCUGUCAGCGACUUACACAUAAGCCUCACCCAAACAGUUGUACUGCGGCAUCACUGGAUUGACCCCUUUGUGGACUCUGUUUCUGAGAAAGUAAAAGAGUUGCCAAGGUUUCGUAUAACAUUUGAUUCAGUGAAUGUGUAUUGUAAUGAAGCAAAAACCAGAACAUUUAUUGGGCUGACAGUUUCUUCUGGGGCAGAUGCUCUGAUGAGUGCAAUAAGAGUGUUAGAUGAAUGUCUUUCUGAAUUCAAGUUACCUGCCUUCUAUGAGGAUCCGUCAUUUCACUUGAGCAUUGGAUGGUGUCUUGGAGACCUUACAGAACCGAUUUCUACUCUCGUACCACAGCUUGACGUAGUGUUUCAACAGUUUCGUCAAGCACAGCCAGAUAAAUGGCACAUAGACGUAGAGAAAAUCAUGUGCAAAACUGGAAAUAAAUAUUUUACAUUUCAGCUACAAUCAUAAA